UACUAGUUGGGGUAUUCUAUUUUCUUGUUCGGGAAUUGACCGGUGAAGGUCCUUUUUGUUGUAACCAAAAUAAUCAACCACCAAAUGAUUCUAUUUAGGUUGUAGAUUAGCCGUUGAGCUCUCCUUUUCUUCUGAAAAAUUGCUCGGUAUCUUUGUGCUUGUUGUUGGGUCGUUAGUUUUCUUGGUUUUUUUGACUUCACUUGAAGCAGCCCACCUCUUCUUAAAUAGUAUCUCUUCUUUCAAACUGUAAUGGGCUUCAUUUCUUCAUCUGGGUUUAUCAAGAAUUGCUUAAAGGACAAUAAUUGGAACUGAUCUUGAAAUGGGUGCCACAAAAAAAUUGAUCUUUUUAAGAAUUCUGUUCUAUUUAUGGUUCUUCUUUGGAGGGUUUUGCUCAGUAAAGGGACUCAGGCCUCUAAGAGAAAGGUCUCGUUCGUGGAGUGAUGAGCAGUGGCUAUUUGCAAAGAAGAAUGACAAUGAGUUGGGGCCAUUUUCUGCUUGGAAUAUAACAGGAACAUACAGAGGAUCUUGGAGGUUCCUAGAUUCAAAGAAUAGCUCUUCUCGAUUUCCUGAUUUUCAGAAGUCCAAUGGAAACUCUGUCCUGGAAUUGAUUAGUGCCCCAACAAAAAUAACUGGUGUACAUUAUGUUCAGGGUGUAAUAAUUUUCCAUGAUGUUUUUGACAAUGAACAUGGGGGUGCUCAAAUUAGAGUAGAAGGUGUAUAUGUAUGGCCAUUCAAACAACUUCGGAUGGUAGCUUACAGUGGCAAAGAGGGUGAGCUUGGGCAGGAAGACGAUUAUCUGUUAUCAAAUCCAUAUCAUUUGCUUGGACUUUUCUCAUCUCAGGUCUUCCAGGAGUCUCCACGAGACAAGAUUUGGAAAAGGAAACAUUCACCUAUUUAUGAAAUGGAGAAACAUUGUAAUGUUGAAAUUGCAGCACAAGUUUCUCGUGUGUCAUCUUCCGCUACUGAUGUAGAUCGUGAUCAUUAUCAUCUAGAAGGAUUGAUGGAAAGCCCUUCAGUGGAUGACGAUGGAGACUGUUUCUCACCCAUGCUAUUAAAUGCUACUUCUGUCAAUAUAGAGGUUUACUACAACAAAGCAGUUAACUAUACGUUGAUGGUCACCUUUGUAUCUUUUCUUCAAGUGCUCCUGCUCAUUCGGCAAAUGGAAUAUAGCAACACUCAAUCAGGAGCUUCCAAAGUUUCAAUUCUGAUGAUCGGACAACAGGGAAUAAUUGAUUCUUAUCUUUGUCUUCUACAUCUGACUGCAGGCAUACUUGUUGAAUCCCUGUUCAAUGCUUUUGCAACUGCUGCAUUUUUCAAGUUUGUUGUGUUCUCAAUAUUUGAGAUGAGAUAUCUUCUCGCAAUAUGGAAGGCAAAUAGACCUAUGAGUAGUGGAGAGGGUUGGGAAGCAAUGAGGCGCGAGCUAUCAGUUCUGUACAGCCGUUUCUAUGGGAUCCUUUUAGGUGGCAUUUUGGUCAUGUACGAGUUCCAUAAGUUUCUGCGGCCUCUUCUUCUCCUUUUACACUCUUUUUGGAUACCUCAAGUUGUAACUAAUGUUGUUCGUGACUCGAGAAAACCAUUGCAUCCUCAUUAUAUCUUGGGAAUGACUAUAACUCGGUUAGCAAUCCCACUAUAUGUCUUUGGUUGUCCUCACAAUUUUAUGCGGAUAGAGCCCGGCAAAAAUUGGUGCAUCUGCUUGGGAAUUUUCAUGGCAUUCCAAGCAUCAGUUCUUCUUUUGCAGCACUAUCUUGGAUCUCGGUGGUUCAUUCCUCGUCAGAUUUUACCGGAGAAGUAUAGCUAUUAUAGAAGGUUUAACCAAGAUGCAGCUCGUGUCUCUGACUGUGUCAUUUGCAUGACUGCUAUUGAUCUUACUCAACGUGCAAAUCACUGGAUGGUGACGCCUUGUGAUCAUUUCUUUCAUUCCGGUUGUUUACAAAGAUGGAUGGACAUAAAGAUGGAGUGCCCAACAUGCCGACGUCCUCUUCCUCCCGCGUGAAUAGAUUUAUUUUUGAAUUCCUAUUGAUAUGGAGCGACUCACAUCACCACCAACCUGUCAAAUGAGGUUGGUGGAGGAGUGGAUCUGAGCAUUCUUGAGAAGUCUUCAGUAGGUUUUAAAAAUUUAACACAGAUUCACCAGAUUGCCUUGUGCAGUUCUUGUAAUGUAUAUUAUGGUCAAUGUAGUUCUUGUUCAAGGUGAUAACAUUUCUAGAUUCUAGUUCUUGUUCAAGGUGAUAACAUUUCUAGAUUCUUUUCCUGUAUUCCAUUACUUCAGUUUUUGUUUGAGAUAUAGGUUGAGAAAACAAGUUGUAAAUUCCAAGUUGGGAAAUGUAGCCUUUGAUCAGCACCUUUCAAUAGGUGAAUUACAGGUAAAUAGGAAUCAUGAUUUUUAUAGGAAUUUGUCCAAUAAGAGAUGGAAUUGGAACUGUUGUUA